AUGGAGUCUGGAUGGCGACGGUGGAGGCUGCUCCGGCCGGGCUGGGGCAUGUACCAUGAUGUCAAGAGACGAAUGCCGUAUUACUGGAGCGACAUCACCGACGCAUUUACUUACCGCACCAUAGCAAGCACGAUCCGCAUGUACUUUGUCAAUCUGCUCCCCGCCAUAGCGUACACCCUGGACAUGUACCGCCGCACUGGCGAGUUCUACGGCGUCAACGAAAGUCUGUUCUCGUCCGCCUUGGCUGCCAUUGUGUUUAGUCUGCUCAGCGCCCAGCCACUUACCAUCGUUGGUGUGACGGGCUUGAUUUCGCUCUUCAACUUUACCAUCUACGACAUUCUCCAGCACUACGACGGCUCCAUCUACCCGGCCUUCAUGGCGUGGACCGGAAUCUGGGCCGCCAUUUUUCACUGGUUGGUAGCCAUCUUCAACGCGUGCGACUACAUGCGCUACGUGACCGACUUUUCCAGCGAGUCCUUCGGUCUAUAUGUCGGCAUCAUUUACCUCAUCAAAGGUGUCGAAGAACUGGUCAAUGAGUUUCAGGGUGGUCUUGCGGCAGGAUACCUGGCUUGCUUGAUUGCCAUUCUGUACUUUGGAACAGUGUACGCUUUGGAAAACACUGGAUCAAGCACUAUGUGGAAGGAAUCGCUUCGAGGAGUGCUUGCCGACUAUGCAUACGUUUUUAGCACCAUCUUUUGGGUUGGUUUUUCUCAUAUCCCUGGGCAUCUCCGGGAAGCGAAUAUUGGACGAGUCCCGGUGACGAAGGCGUUUUAUCCAACGCAGGAUAGAAGCUGGUUGAUUGCGUUUUGGAACCUCGAAACGAAGUGGGUUUUUGUGGCCAUGCCGUUUGGCUUCUUGCUCAUGCUCCUUUUCUACUACGAUCAUAAUGUCAGCAGCAUCACUGCCCAAGCCCGCCAAUUCCCGCUCAAGAAGCCGGGUGGGUUUCACUGGGACUUUUUUCUCCUGGGCUGCACUACAUUUGUCUCUGCUAUUCUGGGUCUUCCGAUGCCCAACGGCCUUGUGCCGCAGGCGCCCGUUCAUACAGACUCGUUGACUGUCUACAAGACAGAUCUCAAGAUCGUAUCCACGUCCGAGGGAGAAGACACGGAGAUUAGACGACCGAUUGUUAGCGCCGUCGCUGUCGUGGAGCAACGUGUAAGCCAUUUGUUAAUGGGGCUAGCGUUGAUCGGGACUAUGACUGGCCCUUCGCUGGUUGUCUUGCACACUAUGCCAUCUGGCUUGUUCGCUGGCGUAUUCUUUGUUGUUGGGUGGGGCUCGAUCGAGUCGAAUGGAAUACUGCAGAAGCUGAUAUACUUGCAAAGAGAACAGCGCUUCAUCCAACGAGAUGAUCCAUUGCUGCUGGUACGGAGGCGCAAGAUCAUUCUCUAUAUUGGCGUGCAAAUUUUCGGUGUCGCUGCUUGUGUGGCUGUCUCUCAUACCCUUGCGGCAAUUGGCUUUCCAGUGCUGAUCCUUCUCCUGACCCCGUUGCGCAUUAUGCUGGUGCCGAAAUGGUUCACGCUCAAGGAGCUGCAGAUCUUGGAUGAUUUCACUGCAACAAGCAAAACGGUCCUGGCCAGUCUCGGUGGCAAGCCUGCCUUGCCCGAGGAAUCCCGCCAAGAAGAAUGGGGCUUGGAGCGCAGGCGGAGUGAGUCUCGUCACGGCGUCUCGAGGCAGCGGGCAGGGAGCCUGCAUCUGUAG